GUGGGGAGUAAUGCCUUUCUUUUGAAACAAAAGUAGGCUGUUCUUUUUGCAAGCUUGGAGGCAUAUAUACACGAAGAGCAAGCGAGUGCACUUGGUUUUCGCUCAACACGGAUAGAGUUCUCACGGCCGCGUUUAGGGCUUUGUGCUGGCGACGUGGAAGAGCGAAUAAACCCAUCGUCCUGGUGCUCUCGCCUUGUCGUCGCGUGCUCCGCGCUCUUGGGUACCCCGCCAGCUGCUAGGGGGGUUGGUAGAGAUACGGCGGGGAGGAGAGGCACGCGGCCAGAAGAUAACGGAGCUUGGAGCCCCCCCCCCACCACCACUGCAUUAUUCCAGGGGUUCAUGAGCCGUCAAGAUCGCCCUUGGUCCCAUGUUCUGCACCUUAUGGCGGUGCGAUGCCCCAGAAAAUCCAUGGUGGCGCUGGGCUGCAACAUGCUCAGACCGGGAAGGAGGAUUCUUCAGUCAAAACUGACCCAUUGUAUGAGGAUGAAGAUGAAUAAGGCGGUGCGUGUCGGGAUUGCGGCGCUGGUGCUCGUGUGCCUUUACAACGUCUUCCAAGUCACCACGUGGCUGGGGGCCUGGGCCGAAGGGCGAGGUUUCAGUCUGCAGGACCGCACGCAAGAGUUUGACAAGAGGAUCGGCGUGCCCAUGUGCUUGCCCAGUCACGUGCAGGAGAAUUUCAAGGCCUCAUAUCCUGGGGUUGACUUGAGUCAGGCCGGCGACCCGUUCCUGGGAGAAAAGGACAUGGAGAGGUUUCGAUACCAAAAUCAGGACAUUCGGCGCCACAGGAAGGCCUGGAUCUACACAAUGGAGCAGCUGCCCUACAAGAUAAGAACCGUCUCUGACAGCAUGAACAUGAGAUCCCUUUUGCAACUCCUGAAACAUCCACUUUCCGUGGACAAAUUAACAAGUGCGCAGUGCCGGCGCUGCGUCGUGGUGGGCAAUGGGAACUUGCUCAAAGACAGCGGGCUGGGCAGCUGCAUCGACUCCUACGACAUCAUCAUACGCAUGAAUGACGCGCCGCUGCGCGGGUUCUCCCGGGACGUGGGGAACCGCACGUCGCUGCGGCUCUGCUACCCGGAGUCGUUGCCGGACACGAGUGCCGAGCACGACCGCUCCUCCUUCCUCGUCUUCCUGCCCUUCAAGUCGCGCGACCUCCAGUGGCUGUUGGCCGUCCUGCGCAAGCAGCCCGUGAGCACGCACGGGUUCUGGAAGACUCCGCCGAAGGCAACGUCGUUCGAGAGCGACCACAUGAACAUCAUCAACCCCGAUCUCAUCAAAGUGGCCGGGCAGCACUUCGUCGGAAUCUCUACGGAGAAUCUCAUCUCAGCGCCCCUGACUCCCACAACGGGCAUCAUCGCCAUCACGAUCGGGCUGCGUCUGUGCGACGAGCUGCACAUCGCCGGCUUUGGCUACAACACCAGUUCCCCGGACAACCCGGUGCAUUACUACGGCAACAACACCAUGUCCUUCAUGAACAAGUCAACGACCCACAACAUCACGGCGGAAGGAGCUUUCAUUCACAAGCUCGUGGAGGACCGAGUUAUCCUGGACCUGACGAGGCCGAGCAACAACCACGAUACUCGGAAGAAUGAACCGUGCAAAAGCACGUAACGUUAUUUAACAAAUAAAAUUACGCGAUUUUUUUUAGCAUAAUUUUAAAGUUUUUUAAUGUAUUACCAAUUCACAUUCCAACGAUAAUACGAUGACGAUGGCGACGAUGAAAAGUCUGUCACGAGCUGAUGAACGCGUUGUUUACGUACGAAACCGCUCGAUGCGAGCGGCACGGUAAAUGAGAAAGUGGCCGUAGAAGAUAAUGUCAUGGAACUAACUCUGAGGUCGCUUCAAUUGGUGUCUAAUCGACACUGGACGGUGGAGCGUUUCACGUGCCGUGCGGCAAUCGGUAGUGGUGCUUGGCGUAAAGCAAACCAACCUAUUUCAUCUGCAUCUCUCUUGUCAUCUCACUUAAUUUAAUUGGGGGGGACUCACAAAAAAAAUGAUUACGAGGCCCCCCCCCCCCACCAAUUAGCCAGUGCCACCACAGAUGGCAAUGAAGUUUCAUCUUCAGUUCACACAAUGAGGAUCAUGAGAAGUCCUGCUAUUUUUUAAAUUAAUGAUUCAUAUAUCGAGUAUUCCAUCACACACACAAAAACCCAAACUAUGAACGUUUUUAUUUCGGCAUUGUCAUACUGCUUUGCACUGGCUUUGGGAAGCCAAUGUGAUUGAGCUCAUUGGCUUGUGAUUGGUCGAUCGCACUUUCAAGCCAAUUUUCUAAAUGAUGGUUUUCACACAAAAAGAAAACCUAUCCACGUUUCCCGCUCCCCCCCCCCCCCCAUUUUAUUUAAUUUUAAGAAGCUGUUGUCCAUUUCAUAUUUUUUUAGAAUGUAAAAGAAAAGUGAAAAAUUCAUUGCAAUGUAUGGAAAUGAAUGUGGCGUGUGGAAGACGGCAUAAUACUGCCGCUGCCUUAUCUGUAGAUGCUCAAGAAAUGUCAGCGGUGAAUGUCAUGAAGAGUGACUGCAGUGUCAUACGAACGACACUACCUGCAAUAGAAAGUUGCGGGGUUUUUUUGUUUGUUAAAUCAUCGUAGCAAUUAAGUUGUAUUGAUUGUAAAUAAUACAAACCUUAGACAUAUCACGUUACCGCGUGGGGUUUCCACGGUUGUGCCGCCUUGUAGCUUCUCCGAUGUUUUUUUUCGGGUUGUGUUGUUCGGAAAACGAUUUUUGACGUUUUUGCUCCCAGCGGUUGUGGCGAAACGUUGAGCACCAUGCCAAAACUUGCCGGAACAACCCCACGGAGAACACAGCAGAGAGCCAUGUCCUGUCAUAUAAUUUAAACAACUAUGGAUUUUAUUUUUAAAUCAAGACAAAAGUAGCUCUCUCUGCUGUGUUUUUGAGUCAUACUGCGUGCUGUGUGAGCUGUUCUGCGUGAUGUCCGGCGCUUCGUUCCACUUGCAGAGAGCAUCUUCAACAACCGAACAACACGUGGAGGAGCUAUACGCACAAUCACAAAGAGCCCUGCGUGGGCGUAUCCAAGACUCAUUUUAUAGGAGGCUACUGCUUGGAAUUGGGCAACCAAUUCCAUUUAAGAGUUCAGACACAUUUUUUUGAAGUGAUCACAUACCUGUCAACCCCUUAUCAGUGCCCUACCUUAUUACAGAUCAAUUCAGACAUUAUUGGUCAACCCGUGCCCUUUAUAAAUCUCAACGUAAAUCCUACAAAGUCCCAUCACAAGGGAGAAACACAAAUAGAUACAUUUUUUGCCCGUAUUGAAACAGCUGUACGCGGUAUGGACCUGAAAACUCAAUUACCCUGUACAAGGAUACGGGUAACCUGCAUGGGUUGACAGAUAAGUCAUCUUAUCCCUACUGAAACUAAAAUAAACACAUUACCAUAAUAAUGUGAAAUACAGUACAACAAUUUGAAAACAUUGUCAACAUUUCUACUUGUAGGAAUCCUACAUUAUGCUAAAAGAGUGAAUUGGGCUGAGCCUGAUUGUGUUCGUAUCAAGUUAAUGGUUAGGUGUCCCUUAUCAUUAACUGAGGAAAAGUAAAAUGUGCGUAUAUAUUGUCUGGUGUAUUGCACAUUUUUACAUUAAUGUAUUUUUUAUUAUUAGAAUUAUCGUCUCGUUUGUUUAAAUGUCUAGUGCCUUAAUAUUAUAUAAUGUGAAAACCACUUACAAUGCUACUGUAAAUCUGUCGGAAGACUGAAGGGUUAUUGAGCAUAGUUUCGUAACCUUUCAUUGUUUCUCUGUUUAGUCAUUUUCUGCUGCUAAGAAAAUUGUGUUGUUUUUACAAUUUUAACAGAUGAUUAAACAACACCGGCUUAAUUGUUUGUCCUCAAUGUUGGUUUGACAAGGGUGGGAAAACCCCGAUUUUUUUUUGCCCGACAAAUCGGGUUAUUGGGUUUAAUGGAAUUAAAUCCGAUUUUUCCGAUUAAAACCUGGUUUUAUUA